AUGGCUUCAUUAUCACCUGCACCUCCAUCUCUGCAACCCAAGAUCCCUCAUUCCUCUCCCGUCAAGCCCGAAGUUCCGCCUUCCACAACCGCCUCCCCUACUCCCCGACCUCCACAACCACCGCCUCCCGCCUCCGAACCCGACGUCGUCCACAUCCCUAGCUACGCUCGGUGGUUUUCAUGGGACAACAUACACGAUUGUGAGGUCCGAUUCCUACCGGAAUUCUUCGAUUCGCGAUCGCCUUCGAAAAACCCUAGGGUUUACAAGUACUACAGGAACUCAAUAAUCAACCAAUUUAGAAAGAAUCCUUCAGCCAAAAUCACUUUUACUGAAAUCAGGAAGACUCUCGUUGGCGAUGUCGGGUCCAUUCGUAGGGUUUUCGAUUUCUUGGAUGCUUGGGGUUUGAUUAAUUACUCCCCUUUGAAUAAGCAGUUGAAGUGGGAAGAUGGUAAGGAUUCUUCUUCUAAGUCUGCUGCUUCGCAGGCUGCUGGUGGUGAUGGUGGUGGAGGGAUUUCUGGUGAUGCUAAUGCGAAUAUGAAGGAUAAUUCCAAGAGAUUAUGCAGUGGCUGUAAGUCUGUUUGCAGCAUUGCUUGCUUCUUUUGUGAUAAGUAUGAUAUUACUCUUUGUGCCCGGUGCUAUGUACGCGGCAACUAUCGGGUUGGUGUCAGUUCAUCGGAUUUCAGGCGGGUGGAGAUCAGUGAAGAGGCAAGGACAGAUUGGACAGAGAAAGAGACUUUGCAACUUCUUGAAGCCGUCAUGCAUUAUAAGGAUGACUGGAAGAGGGUUGCACAACAUAUUGGUGGUAGAAGUGAGAAGGACUGCAUUACUCAUUUCAUCAAGCUUCCUUUUGGGGAGGAAUUCACUGGUUAUAUAGACUCAGGGGAGGUUGAUGACAAGUAUAACCAAGUAAAGGACUCUAAUGACGAUGAAUCUGGAUUGAAUGGUAUUGAUUCCCCAUCCCCAAGUAAAAAAAUACGUCUCUCGCCUCUUGCAGAUGCAAGCAACCCAAUAAUGGCUCAGGCUGCUUUUUUGUCAGCUUUGGCGGGCACAGAGGUUGCAGAAGCUGCUGCUCAAGCAGCUUUAACGACUCUGACUGAGGUGGAAUAUGGAGGAAGUAAAGGCAGUUUUGGAUCUGUUUCUAGGGUUGCAAAACGCCAAGAAUCUGGCGUUGCAUCAAAUGGUGGCGCCAAUCUAGAUGCAUCAGAAAAGGCUUGUUUGGAUGCGAAUUCACUUCUGGAGAAGGAAGAGUUGGAUGUGGAGAGAGCAAUUUCAUGGAUUACAGAAGUUCAGAUGAAAGAGAUCCAAGAUAAGAUUGAUCGCUUUGAGGAGUUGGAUUUGCAGAUGGAGAAAGAGUCGCAACUGUUAGAACAAAUGAAGAACCUUCUCUUUGCUGACCAGCUCAGCCUUUUAUCUAAUAAAAGUUCAAUAACAAAAACUGACGAACGUGGUUCAGCACUGAAACCAGAGGAACCAGGGAAUGAGAAUACAAAAACGGAUUGA